CUCACGACGUCGAGCCGAAGUUAGCGGUGACACAAUUCGCGAUCGUCCCUUGACCCAUGUAGCCGCUGUCACGAUCGUUUACAUCCACGGGGGACUCGGGGCGAACACGCACUCAGAUGCGCAUGCAAACUCGGCUUCGGCCCGCAAGGUCGGCUUCGGCCUUAGAUCUCGACCCAAGCAUCUUCCCACACACAACCUAUCUCGCUGAACCUCUCUCUCACUUGCAUCGAAAUAGGUUCCAGGAUGUGUAUCGGAGCAUCCGACCCAUGCUGUAGAGAGCAAACAACGUCUGACGUGUUGAAGCACAAAACUCGCCACGAAGCCGUUAAGAUGGCCGUGAAAACACUCCUAUUCUCCUAAUGUCCUCGAAACAGCAACAGCGGCACGAGGGUGAGGGUCUCACCGAUGGCCCUGAUGCGAAGGCACUCGAGAGCGGUUUGGCAAGCACAUACAGCACCAUUCGCCGUGUCCUUGCGCGACCACAAUCCGUUGCUCUGGGUCCUGACGUCGUCGGCCAGCUAUCUCCCUCACCGAGUCCUGUUGCACCCGCAUCGUGGACGGGUUACUUUGUGAUGGUCGAGGUCGGAUUCCGGCAAGCGUCGAGACCUGAUGACGCGGCAGCGCACAGCUGUCAUGGUGCGCGGUAUGCCGGCAAUGGAUUUUAGCGGAACUGUGUGAAGCACAGUUCCUGGAUACGCCUAGUGAACCCCAUCAUGCCGGAGUAAGUCGAGAACACAUCACCGUUGAGGUUGAGAGCAUAUCGACCACGUCCCACCUCCACGCGUUGUCUUCAUCCCGCUCAGUACGACUCUCCCCGCGGGUGGAACGGACAACAUUUGCGCACCCUCACGCAGAGUCCUCAAGGACGCCGUCGUUCGAUGCUCUGUCAUCCAGGUCAGCGGUAAGGGUCUUGCCAGCGAUCACCUCUGAUUUGCCGUUGCGAUGUAUAAAACAUGGUCAACUCGCCGUACCAAUGAACCGAUCACGCCAUCCUUGUCCCUCAUCUUAACUUACAGACCAUCAACAAUCCAUCACAUCUCAAAUCUCACGACCAUCGGCCCUCUCGCAACUAUGAAGUACACCUUCCUCGCUCUGCCCGUCCUCCUGGCACGGGCCUCUGCUGCACCCCAAGACCCCCAGGUGCCCAUCUCAACCUCCAUCACGACCCUCACCGUGACUGGCCAACCGGUCCCCGCUCCUACCGAGCCAAUCCCCAACAGCCCGAAUCCCGUCCCGGCGCCGGUCCCCUCUGGCCCGUCUCAGCCCACCCCGCCUUCCGGCGGCCCCCACUGCGUCUGCGGCGCGACCUACUGCGGCAAGGUCCUCGUUGGCUUUCAAGACUAUACUACCGAACAGGUCGGCCAGGUCUACUGCUCCACCCCCGGCACGAACUGUGCCGCCGCUGCUCCGUCCCCUGAGUUCCUCGAGAACAACCUCUUCGUCUGCAUCUGUCCACCGGACCAGAAAGAGGGCUCCAUCAUCGAGCUCCUCUGCUCGUGUCAAGGCCGCUGCAAGAACGACGAGCCGGACUUCAUCGGCCGCUGCGAGACUCCAUGCAAUCUCGGGUGCGCUCCCGCGGCCUCGGGCUCGUCUUCGAUCCCGGUCCCACUGCCUGUGCCUGUGCCGAUUGAGCCUGCUCCCAUCCCGAACGAGCCCGUCCCGGCCCCGGUCCCCCCUGUCCACAGACGAUCGUGACGGGGGGUUCACGUUUUGUUGAUCUUUGCAUCGUCGAGACUGGGUAUUAUCUUCAAAUCCUUCUUGUUGCUUGUUGGUACUUGUUGCGGGUCAAUAAGCACUGAGCCAAGGGUCGCAUUUUCAGCCGGUACCCCAUGAAGGGUCUGGCUCCCACACUCUUUACGGUUUGGGUUGAUGGGUGAGCGAGCAUACGAAGGGACGGGGAUGUCUUAGGCGGAUGCGCUGCCCUCUGGGCAAACCACUCUCUCUAGGUUCAGAUACCAACAUUCUUUAUUUUGACGUU